AUGAUCCAAGUCAGCUCGCCGGAGAAAGACGCAGCGCUGGCGGUGGUCAGCGAUGUCGCUCAGGCUGUCGACCCCGCGGUGGAGAGGCGAGUGUUGCGCAAGAUUGAUUAUUUCUUCAUGCCAGCCAUGCUGAUCGGAUAUGGAUUCGUCUACUGGGACAAAGCCAUCCUGGGCAGCGCUUCUCUCUUCGGCAUGACGACCGAUCUGGCGCUCAAAGUGGUCGAUCAUUCCACAUCGCCUGCAACAGUCGAUACUUCGCGUCUCAGCUGGGCGACGUCCAUCUUCUACUUUGGCAUGCUGGCUGGUCUGUAUCCGAUGACGUUCAUCAUGCAGCGAUUCAGCAUCCAGCAUGUCCUAGGCCCGAUUGUGAUGCUGUGGGCGGUUACUUGUGCUGCGACAGCGGGUGUAUCCACCUGGCAGGGUCUCUUUGUGCAGCGGUUCUUCUUGGGCUUCGUGGAAAGUGUCAUUCCAACCGGCUUCAUGACCAUCGUCAGCAGUUACUACACGCAGAAAGAACAGGCUCUCCGUCAGGCAUGGUGGUUCUCUGGCACGGGCUGGUUCACCAUCAUCGGAUCAGCUCUCAACUACGCCUUUGGACAGAUCAAGUCUGGUGCUCUGAGGCCGUGGCAGUAUAUCUACAUCUUUGCCGGUGUAUUGACCUUUCUGUUCGGACUGUGGUGUUGUAUUAUGCCCAAUUCGCCUGUCUCAGCCUGGUUCCUGACGCCGGAAGAGAGAGUCGUCGCUGUUGAAAGACUGCGAAAGGGCCAGACUGGCGUGCGAUGCCAGCAGAUUAAAAUGGAGCAGGUGAAAGAAGCAUUUCUCGAUGUGAAGCUGUAUCUGAUUGCCAUUAUGAUGGCUGCUGCAUACACCAUCAACGGCGCCAUCUCCGGCUUCGGCCCUCUCAUCGUCUCGACCUUUGGCUACAACACCCUCGACUCCAUCCUCUUCCAAUUCCCCGUCGGCGCAAUCUGCCUCAUCUUCAUCCCGCUUUGUGGCUAUAUCUCCUCGCGCAUCCCCAACACCCGCAUCUUCAUGCUCAUCGCCUGCUGUCUCCCCGUCAUCGCGGGAUGCAUCAUCAUCUGGAAAUCCGAAUGGGGGUAUCAGCCGGCUGCCCCUGUAGUCGGGUACGCACUCACCGGCUUCUUCGGGCCAGUGGUGAGUCUGAUCAUCACGCUGGGGGCUAGUAAUGUCGCCGGCGCGACGAAGAAGACCGUCAUGGCUGCGACGGUGUUUGUCGCGUACACAGUGGGUAAUAUUAUCGGACCGCAGUUGGUGAAGAGUGAUACCGUUGAUCAGCAUUAUCCGGAGCUCUGGGAGGGGAUGAUCAUCUGCUACUGCAUUACGAUCGCAGCUGCGGUGGCGCUAUACUACGUUCUCCAUCGGGAGAAUAGUAUCCGCGCACGUCUUGAUCUGGAUGAAAGCCAGCGUGACAAGUUGGCUUUUAACGAUCUCACGGACAAACAGAAUCCAUUCUUUAGAUAUGUUCUAUAG